CUCAGAACGACGCGUCUUGAAGCCUCACUCAUUAACUAUUCACGAAGGUCUAGCAUAUACCCAUUCCACAACCCCCCACAACCCACUUAGCAUUCGCCCACCUGCCCAACAUGGGCAAACCUGAUGCUCUCGACCUCCCCAUCCCCGACUUCGAACUCCCCUCCCUCCUCAAACGCGGCAUCUCCUGGCUCAGCGUCCCCGGUGUCGCCCGCGAUGCGAUCGGCGUCUACAACGAAUACGCCGUGGGCAAAAAGAUCCGGCAAAACAUGGGCAGCAUCGAAGUGCUAAUACCGUCUUUAACCUCCGCGCUCGGUGCCUCGCAAGCUUCGUCUCUCGUCUCCACCUUUGCACUCCCCGUCGGCGUCGGCGUGCUGGCACUGCAGGUCUGGCAGGGUGCAAAAGCCGCCGAGAUGCUGGGACGCGUUGGCGAUGUGCUGGAUGCGCAGACGGGGUUGAUGGCGGCGGAGAAGUUCGCGCAGCAGGUGUGGGAUUUUGUGAGUCAGCGCGUGCAUGAGACGGCCAAGGUCCCCGGUGAACGGCAUUUCUUCUUCGUUUACCACCCCGAUACGAAUUGGUAUCCCGCGCUCUACAAGCUGCAAAGGAAAGAGGGCCAGAUUGAUCGGUAUAUGGGCAUGUCGGAACAGCUUGAUCUCCUGUGCCAUUGGAUGAAGCAUGUGCGGCAGUUUAUGGGGCGAUAUAGUGGGAGAAAGAGAGUUGUGUUGCACCUACUCAUGCCAGCAUACCGUAGGAUUUAUAUUCGCGAUAAGCUUACUUUUCCGGAGGAGCUGUGUCCAUUGGAGAUUGAGGGCCAUAUUUAUAACUCCGCUCCGUUUGUUACUUUGAAUGUUACAAAUAAAGAAGACGGACAGUUUGUCCUGAGUCGCGUUGGGAAUGAGGCACCGAAGGACUCGAAUUUGUGGAAUCUUUGGGGUAUGUGGACACCCGGAGGGCGGCCUAGGAUGCUUGGUCAGGAAACCCCGGAUCCCGAGGCAGAAAAGGAAGAGGAGAUAAGAGCGGCUGCGAAUGAAGUUUCACAGAGUGAGGCAGGCGGUUCUACUGCCACUGAGGAAACGGAUGAUACUUCAAGUACGGUCGCAGCGAGCACCGUUGCCCCCUCUGAGUCCAGCCGUUCUACCUCGAGUCGCAGUUCUAAGCGAAGUCAUGGCUCGAGUUCUCGUUCAUCGAGUCGACGUCCUGGAGCUAAGCCGGAGAAACCAGGGGAUUCGACAAAGGAGUGGAGACAGCUUUCUGGUGUGGGGAAAUCCAGACGUCAGAGGGGGUUUUGGAAUCCUUAAAAAGAGUGUUACAUUUGGCUAAUAGGGUUGGAUAGAGUGCAUUUAUACGGGCAUGAUAAAGGCGUUGGUUAUUUAGAAGGAAGGUUGCAUUUGAGAGUUUCCGGGCCCAGAGAGGAAUCAUGGGAGGCUUCUCAACCUAGGUUGGCAUGUCGGAC